AUGGCCGAGGAGAUGGCGGCCGAGGGCAAACCGCCGCCCCUGGCCCCGCUGCUCAGGUCCUCCAGCGUCAGCCUCUUCAGCGACCGUGUCCAGCAAGGGGUGCAGCAGCUGCUGCCGCUCCGCUUCGACAAGAACAUCAAGCAGGCCUUCUACAACACGGGGGCGCUCAUCUUCGUGGCCAUCUCGUGCGGGGCGGCCGUGCUGGUCUACUUCAUCCUGGAGGCGUUCCUGCGGCCGCUGCUGUGGGCCGUGCUGUGCGGCACCUUCCUGCACCCCUUCAAGACCACCCUGACCGAGCUGGUGCGGCGCUGGCUGGCCGGCCUGCAGGACUCCCGCACGCCCAUCCUCCUGGCCGCCCUCAUGCUGCCCGUCUGGUUCGCCAACCAGGCGGUGGAGGCGCUGGGCUGCCGGGUGCUGGAGCAGCGCAAGCUCCUGCUGCUGCUGGCGGCCGGCGCCCCCCUCCUCUACCUGCUCUACUGCUUCAGCAGCUGGGUGGGCCUGCAGCUGGUGCUCACUCACACCGGGCACAUCAUCUCCCGGGCCUUGGAGUACUUCAACACCCUGUGGGUGUGGACUAUAAUCGUUGGGUACUUGCUGGCAGUUUCCUUCAAAUGGAACUCGAAAACUGAACGCUAUCUUAAAACCAUCUCUGUACCAGUGUGGACAGUGCUUCUCUUUUAUUUGGCAUCGGUUGCUGGCUCGUGGCGUAUACCGGUGUUUGUGGUGAUUGUCAUUUUAAUGGUAGCGGGAGCACUGCAGGAGAAGGAGGGAGGAAGUGGAGCUGGUGUGAAGCUGCCUGGUCAUAUAAUUCAGAUUGCUGUAAGCACAUUUAACAUGGCAGUAUCCAUCAGCGGAUUUAGUAGUUGCCAAGAUGAACGUCUGCCAGACCCACCGCCAGAACCUUUCGAAAAUAGAGACCUCCGUGCUUCUUCCUCUUAUACUCCACUGGGCAUUCCAAGACCUGAGAUAGCUUUUAUAAAGAAGAAGAAAACAAGCGAUAUUUAUUUUGUGCUCCUCGUCUGGGCGAUAGUUGUGGUACAGAUCUGGCUGAACCUUUGGAUACUGCAGUUGCUUCCUGUGCCCGUGGCUGUUUGGGUGUUAAAGAAACUGGUCCUUCGUUUUGGAGUAAUGAACUUUGCACAGAGGCAGCUGAGUAGCUAUUGGGAAAUCCUGGAAAACUUUAUUAAAGAAAGGCAGGAUGCUUUGGCUCCAGGACCCAUACGAGGCCUUGGAAGAAUCCUAGUAAAAGCUGACAUCAAGAUGAUCUUUUGGUUGGAAAAAUCAUUGGACAAAUUAAUCAGCAUUUUUAUCAUAUUUUUGUUGGUGAUGGGAACAUUACUGCUGGCCCUACUCCUUACUGCAAAGGUUCACCAGGAGAGUGUACACAUUAUCCAGGUCACCAGCAGCUUGAUUAAUGAGACUGUCGCUAACCAUCCUGAAUGGGCAAACUGGCUUCCUGAGGCCCAGGUAAUACAGAAUGCACUGAAUUCUGCUGCCAAUAAUGUGUACCAGUAUGGAAGAGAGUGGAUAACUCACAAGCUUCAUAAGAUUUUGGGUGACAAGAUGAACAACACAGCUGUAAUAGAGAAACAAGUUCUGGAGCUGUGGGACAGACUGUAUCAUAAUUGGUUUGUAAAGAAUGUAACUCAUGCUGGAAGACAUAAAGGUUACAAGUUGGCCAUCAAUCGACAGAACAGUUGGCUUGGAGACAUCUUAGACUGGCAGGAUGUUGCGUCUUUUGUUCACGAGAACAUUGAGAUGUUCCUUUCUAUACUGGAGUCUCUCUGGAUUGUGAUGAGCCGCAACGUGAGCUUACUGUUUACAACUACCACCACCUUACUUACUGUUCUGUUUCACAGUGGUACAGCACUUCUCAACUUUGCUCUCUCAUUGGUAAUUUUCUUGACCACGUUGUUUUACCUCUUAAGUUCGAACGAUGAAUGCUACAAACCCGUGAAAUGGGUUAUUAGUCUGACUCCACUUUCCCAGCCAGGCCCUUCCUCCAACAUUGUGGGACAGUCUGUGGAGGAAGCCAUACGUGGUGUAUUUGAUGCUUCCCUCAAGAUGGCUGCUUUUUACGGGCUUUAUACAUGGCUGACUCACACUAUAUUUGGCAUCAAUAUUGUCUUCAUUCCUUCAGCUCUGGCAGCCAUCCUUGGAGCAGUCCCUUUCCUGGGAACAUACUGGGCUGCUGUGCCAGCUGUUUUGGACCUCUGGUUAGCUCAGGGAGAGAACUUCAUGGCCAUUCUGCUGCUCGUCUGUCAUCUGCUACCAACAUACUUUGUGGAUACAGCUAUUUAUACAGAUAUUUCUGGAGGUGGUCAUCCAUAUCUCACUGGUCUGGCAGUCGCUGGAGGAGCUUACUACCUUGGGAUAGAAGGAGCAAUCAUUGGACCUAUUCUGUUAUGCAUAUUAGUGGUUGCCUCCAAUAUUUACAGCGCAAUGUUGAUGAGUCCUUCUCCAGGAGUGCCAACUCCUUCCCAGACACCCUCCCUAUUGCAAAUGCAAAGACCUUUUGAAGACAGUCCUGAGGAAGUGAGAUCUGCUGAGUGACUGAAUGUAAUUAUCAACUUAGCCUGAGAAGUCCUGGCUCAUCUACCUGCUGCUUCCUGCACUAACUCUCACACAGUCGUGGCCUUCCUUUACUCUCCAAAGAGGAACAUUGAAUUAGCAGAAACUCUGCAUUAAAAUUAAUUGUUCAUCCACGCUAUAGCUGGACAUAGAUCUGAACAUUAAAGCAGAAGGAAUGUGUUCCAUCAUAUUAUUUUCCAAAUGUGUGCUAUUGCUAUUGUUAGCCUGCUGUAUUUGUGGCAGAAAUACUUAAUACUUAUACAGCCUGUGAAGUGCUGGAACUGAGUUUAAUCUUGAUAGGUCAACCGAUGCAGUUUAACCGCAAUGAAAGCUGGGAAAGUUUGAUAGGCUGUGUUUUCCUUUAUUUUAAAAUCUGCAUCAUAAAGCUGCAUUUUGAUGUAAGUUGCAAAAAUCCUGGAAACAUCCAAUUAUGUACAAUUUUGCUUUCUUUGGUUUUCACUGAUAUGAGAGAUGGUUUAUUAUAGUGGAUUCAAUUGUGCAUUCUACACAGCUAAACUGCCCUUAAUCCCAUCUGCGGAACUAGUCAAUUCCCAUUGAAAAUAAUGAAGGAUUCUGAAAUGUCCUCCUCUGCUUCUUUGAGAAUAUUUGGUGGUUUUCUGUAUUCUUGUCCCUCCAAGUUCACAGACUUGUUGAGAGAUUUGGGGGGUAACCCUUUAGUCCACCCCAAUGGUACUUGAGCAACUCCCAGGAAGUGCACAAGUGACCUGAUAACUACUGACAAUGGAUUACCAGAAGUUACAACAAUAGGCUUAUUUCAAAACAGCUUGAGCUAUAAUGAAGUUUGGUAGUCCUAAAAGGGCAGAUCAAGUAGGCCAAAGGAUCUCUUUCAUCCUUCUUGUGAUUUCUGUGCAUAGUGCUACUGAGGUUGGGAUUCCUCUUGCUUGGUUCUAUUAACCCUGCAAGCUAAAGUUUAGAGUGGUCCCAGCUGGAUAAGUGGCUGGAAGCUUGCAAGACAGUGUUUACAAUAGCAAGGCAUACAGUUUCCACUCCUGAACCUAUACUGGGGUUCCUAAGCCUUGCCUUCUUUUAACUUACGGCUAAUACUUUCUGUGAUUAGCUAAACAGUGUUGUUCUGGGGAGAGUGCACAUUCCUUCCAGACGAAGAGAAAUGUGCAAAUGUAGUUAGUUUGCAUAUGUGGAAUUUCAUAUGCCUUGUUUAUUCACAGUCAUAGUGGUUGUGUGCAAUGCUUUAUGGACAUACAUUUAUACUGUAGUUUAUAAAUAUUAUUUACAACUAGUUUAAACUGCUCAUUAAUAAAUUUGGUUGUAAGUUGUCUAGCGGUGUAUACCAUUUACAUUUUGUAGCCACAAAUGUAUGUUAACAUGAAACAAUCCAUGAUUUGAGCUUUGUUUUUUUGAAUUAUUGUACUUUUUAAAGCUCAGGAUCAAGUUCAUUUAGAUUGAUUCUUAUAUACACGAUUCUCCCCAAUAACGCUUUGGAAGUACAUAUGGUUCUUUUUGAAUCAUGGCUAAUCCACUUAGCUCUUUACUAGUUAGAGUUCAAUAAAUUAAUAUCUUGGUGCUUUUUAUUUUUUUUAAAAAUGUUAGGGGGAAGAGAGAGAUUGAAAGAAAGGUAACAGGAUUCUAGGAGACACGCCUGACUAAGUCAGUCUGGUUCUCAUUAUUUUUGACUGUUGACCGGUCAGUUUAUGUGAUUAGUGAGACUUGGAAGUGAAGGUGUGCCCUGAACUCCCUAACAGUCGGGCUGAAUCAGACUAUAUAUUAGUAAGCUGUGCCACUACCUUUAUCUAUGAGGAUAUUUCAACCAAGUUUGAGUUCAACGUUGGCCAAAAGUUUUCUGUUCAAAGUGAAUACAAUGAAUCUAAAGUAAUUGGGAGCAUCAACUUUAAGUAACAUAAUUUGAAUGUAAAGACCGUAUUUAAAGAGACUGCAAUUCUUACUUUUGAGAGGUCACUUUCAAAUCUUAUCAAUAUCAAGAAAUGAUGAUUGAAGUUUGAGAGCACAGUAAAAUAACAGGAAUUUAGUUUGCCACUGAUCCAUUUUUAAGCUAUCAUAGAUGAGGGAAGACCACAAGUACACGUAGAACAACAACAAUAAGAUUACAUUUGUAUAGCACUUUUCACGUCGGGAGGACAUGACGGCAUUUCAAACCCAAGCUAAACACUAAAUCCCGUAAACCACUUUGGAUGUCGUCCUGAUGUGAAUGGCUCUAUACCAAAUGUAAGGAUUAUUAUUUCAAGUUUACCUUCAAAUACACAGUUGUUGCACUGUGUUACAAUAUGUUAUACUUUACACUUAUACAGCUUGUGAAGUGCUUUCGGAACAUUUUAACAUAAUGGGCACUUUUUAUGUGUAUUACCAAACACUUUGAUCUUUUUGUAAGUGAGGACAACUAGGAUUCAAUCUACAGAACCAACAAAUGAGUAGACACAUUUUAAAUUGUGUAAUUAUCAGCACAUAAAUGAUAACUCCCAUUUUGUCACAAUUAUUAUACUUAAAUAGCAGAAACAUCAGCAACCUGAUCUUAGGUGGUGCCUUUCAUGUAGAAUAACAGAGGAAGUUGGGUUUUGAAUAUGGAGCAAGAAGGAACAAGGAUUUUAGGAGAGAGUUCCACAGGGGUCACAAUAAGAAAUGGAGAUUAUGAAAUCUUUCAAGUAAUCUGUCCCAAAGAAAACUCAACUUUCAAAAGAUCUUGAGGAAUGUGUUGCUAGCAGCUUUUUAAGUAAAGAUGCAAAAGACAAAAGGAAAUGUUUUAUAUCUUAAAAAUACAGUACAGUAGUAAUUGAUUAUUCUAUUAUUGCUGAUAGUAGACUAUGUACUUCUGAAUUUUUAUCACCAUUUUUACACAGCAUUUAAGUAAUGUAUUCACUGUUGAAUGUAAAGAGGUGCUUCUUCCUAAUUUAUAAUUUUGCAAAAAAAGAAUAAUUUUAAAUACAAUUUCAAGGUGUGAGCUGAUUCUCUUCAUCUAUAACAUUUCUCCACAGGAAAUGGAAUGAACACUUUGUGGGAAAUAACUUCUCUUUCAUUUAAAAGAAAAUUAUUUCUAUACUUAGGAAUACAUCGGAGUCCUGUAGCUCAGUGGUUAGAGCACUCGCUUUGCAAGUGAGAGACCUGAGUUCAG